AUGACCUCCACCAACCCCCCCACCGACCCCCCGACCGACCGGUCCGCCGCGCCCAUAACCGAACAUGAGCCCUUGCUUGGGCGCCCCGGGGACGUGGCGCAAAGAGAUGAAAGCAUGCUAGCUAGGAAUUUGAUCACCGGCACUGCUCCCCUUGCCCAGGUCGGCGGCGUGAUGCUCGGCGUUUUCCUCUCCCUCCAGGCCAUCCUGGUGCUUCAACCCACGCACACCGCGGACCAGAAACGCAGGGGUACAUACGUCCAUGCGGCCUUCAACGGCCUUGCCGCGUUGAGCUUCUUUACCGCGCUGGCCAUCGUCAUCUGGCACAAGCAGCAUAGCGGAAUCCCGCACUUUGAGUCGGUCCAUGCCUACCUCGGAAUCGUCAUCUACAGCCUUCUCUUUAUCCAGGCAUUUGUUGGAUUCACGCAAUACUUUGUGCCGCGCAUCUAUGGAGGCGUGGAUAAUGCAAGGGCAAUCUACAAGUACCAUCGUGUCUCGGGAUACAUCAUCCUGUUUUUGUAUCUGGUCAACAUCACCCUGGCGAGCAAAUUGAGAUAUGGAGAGAAGUUCAUCCAUCUCAAGACGUGGGGCGUCGUGGUGGCGGGUGUGUUGGUCGUGAUUGGUACUUAUCCAAGGAUCAAGAAGCAGAAGAUCCAGAUCUUUGGGUAG